GCUGCUUUCUAUGGUGGUUGGAUGGGUGUGAGAGUGAACUUCUUGGUUGCAUGUUCGAGAAUGUAUUAGUUUCCGUCGAAUGUUCACAAGGUGUGAGAGCGAAUUUCUUGGUUAAAUCUGCGAGAAUGUACUAGUUUUCAUCGAAUUUUGCUGAGGUAGAUAGAACGAUAUAAGGAAUUUAACUCCAGAUGGGGGCAACAGAGUACGCUCUAAAGUGUGCACUUGGCGUGAUACUGUUUGCAGGACUACUCUGGCUAAUUGAGACAAAUUGCUUUCCCGCAAAUGAAAUUUACACCCUCAAGACACCAGUCGUUGUAAGAGAAAGAAUAAUUAGGAAAGGCGUCAGUUACGUUAACAACCGUACCAGUUCAGAAAUUCCCAACAAUGGAUCAGAGACAAAGCGUUGGUUAAUAGUAUAUUGGUCAACGUUUUUUGGAACCAGACUCAAUCUGCACAAGACAUUCGACAAACACGACUGCCCAGUAUCGUGUGAGUGGACAAGUGACCAAUCCAGAGCAAAAGAGGCUGAUGCUUUUUUAGUCCAUGCCAGGGAUCCACGACCUCUCCCUCCUAUAAAUACUGUGCCAUGGAUUCUGCAGACUCGAGAAAACCCAAUUUACACACCGAUAUUGAGCGACGCCAGCUACAUGUCCAAAUUUAGCUACUUGAAAAGUUAUCGGUUGGACUCGGACUUUCCAGAUCCUUCUGUCUUGCUGCCUGGUGUACAACCCCCUGUUCCUUUUAAAAAUAAAACUGGGCUCGUUAUGGCGGCUUUCUCAAAUUGUGAAGCGGUUCGAACCGAGUACAUGAGGCAGCUGAUGAAGUUUGUAAAAGUUGACUCUUUUGGCGCCUGUCUGAAGAACAAUAAUGGUCUAGUGGGCAGGUAUGGUAAAAACAAACAGGGCACUGAUUUCAGAGAUGCUAAAUCCAUACUGGCCAGACAGUACAAGUUCACCCUGGUGUUCUUCAAUCAAGACUGUGAUUAUUUUGUCGAUGCUCAACUACACCACGCAAUGGAUGCAGGCUCGGUUCCCGUUGUCAUGGCAACAGAUAAGGUGGAUGAGUUUUUACCCGGGCCUUAUCUUAGUCGUUCAGUGAUAAAAGUGCGUGAUUUUAAGAGCCCACAGCUGUUGGCUGAAUACCUCAAGUAUCUUAGCAACAACGAAACCGAGUACAAUAAAUACCUGGAGUGGAAGAAGAAAGGAUAUGGCGACAUCACUGGAACUGCUAUCGGAAAGUUUUGGAUGCCAAAGUAUCCACUGUAUUGUCAAGUCUGUGUUGCAAUGUCAAAAGGGAAAGGGCACAAAGAAAGCUUGAAACCAUUCCCAUGCAAAGCAAGGCAAUUUGAAGACUGGGGAAUUACUAAAGGAGCCUGACUAAAGUGAACUAUU